AAAAAAGCCUUUUUUUUCCUCUCUUUGAUUUUUGGGUCAUCACCAUUUGAUAUUAUUGUAAUAGUUUUUUAAAUAGUUUUUAAUAGUAAUAAUUAUUUUAACAACAAUAUAGUAGUAAUAAUACGAGUAGUAGUAGUAUUUUGUCUAUAAAUUGUAAUUUUGUAAUUUUAGAAGUAGUAUAAAAACAUCAAUAGGCUAUUUGUUGAUCAACUACUACUCCAUAGCAGAACAUAUAAUAGUAGUAAUAAUAUAUAUAUUCAAUUUAUUAAAUUAUUAAAUAAUUAAAAUCAUCAUUCCGAAUGUCUAAUACACCUACCAAUCAACGAUUGCUCUAUUCAUCCCUCGAGGAUUUGAAUAAAGCAGCCAUUGAACAAAUGAUUGAAAUUGAUGAUGAUACUCCAUUGGAAAUUUACUUUGAAACGGCAAAGAAUUUACUAAAGGAAGCUAAACUAUUCAGAGAAUCACAAGAUUUAGAAGGAAUGUACAAGGCAUUGAUACAAUAUUUAAUUCUUGUUGUAAAGAAAAUACCAACCCAUGCUGAUUUUGAUGAAGAAGCUGAAGAUUUUGAAAAGACUAAAACAGAAUAUGAUUAUAAUUUUCAAAAGUGUGAUCUAGUUAAACAAGAAAUUGAAAAAUUGAGAGGUCAACUGUCUGAAUUAUAUGAAGUGUCAAGUCCUGUGAUUCCACAACCAACAAGUAAGCCAGUUAAACCUGUUACUUUUCAAAUUCCAACAUCCAACUCUGCUUCAUCUUCUCCAAAAAAUGAUUCUGAUAGAAGAAAAUCUGUCAUUCAACCAAUUAUGCCAGUUCAUGAAACAACAAGUACACUUGAAAAAUUACCUAGACCAGUUUCUGCAAAAGAUUUAAAUAAGAGAUUUUCAGUUGCAGUCAGAUGUAAAGAUCCAAAUACUCUUUACAAAACUCCAACCAUGAUUGCACAACGCUCAAAAAACAAUUCUAGAACAAUUCACUAUGUCAGAUUACUUCCUGGAAUAAUUGAACAUGAAUCUCCAAAUACUCCAAACAGUGUCUACCAUUUAAUUAGUCCAAAACAAGCUAGAAUGAUGAAACAACAAAUUAGUUCGAACUUUUCUCAACAACAAUAUCAACAACCAAUGUAUCAAGGAAAUUAUCCUUCCUAUCAACCACAAUCACAACCAAUAUAUCAACAACCACCAAAAAUUUCACAACAACCAUCUCAACCAAUUUAUCCACAACCUACCACUUAUCAAAAUUAUGAACCAAACUAUUCUGUACCACCACAAUAUCGAUCAUUCCAACAACAUUAUCAACAACAAUAUCAACAACAACAUCAACAACAGCAACAGCCACAAUAUCAAGUAUCAACUCAAUCAGGAAAUUAUGUUCAAAAUGCUUAUAAUAAUGGAUUGGAAAGAGUUGCCAAUAACGAUCAAGUUCAAGAAUAUGUUGGAAGACAAGUUGGAAAUUUGGCACAAAAUGAGCAAGUCCAAAGAAAAGUUGGUUCUGGAGUGUCAAAUGCUGCCAAAAAUGAAAAAGUUCAAUCCACAAUUGGAACAACAAUUGCAUCAAAUACUGAUAAUGUGUUGAUCCAAACUCUUGCUACCAACAAGACAGUUCAAAGUGGUAUCGGUAAUGCAAUUGCAAACACUGCAGGUAAUGAAAAAGUCCAAAAAGCUGUUGGUAACGCAAUUCAUAAAGCUGCCAAUGACAAGGACAUGCAAAAGAAGGUUGCUAAAGGAUUCUUAGCAAUUGGAAAAGGAGCAUUCAGUGCUGCUAAAACAGGAGCUUCUGCUGGCUAUCAAUUAUACAAGGACAGUGAGCAACAAAAGUAGAGAUAUUUCACAGUUUUGACAAUUAUAAACCUUUAAUUUAUUAU